UCAUGUGGCAAUCAGACUUUACACAAUGGCGAUAUAACCACAAUGGUAGCACGGGAAGCUCGAGUAGCUGUCUACUUGUUACAAUGAACUUAACGAACAAUAGCUAGCAUGCUAAUGUCAGUAAGCGCUACCAGAGGAACGUGUUUAUAGUUUUGAGGAUGUCAAACCAGCGGUUCAGCACACUGGCUUACACGAAAAGCCCGAAAACAUCGAAAAGAACAACAUUUCAGGAUGAACUUCAGGCUGCUGUCUCUGCCAGGGCAAGCAAAACGAAAACAGAUCACUACUCUUACUCUGAUGACUUCAAUGAGGAUGACGAUGAUUUCUUGAAUGAACUCCUCAAAUCAAGAAAGAAGAGGACUGAUGCAUUUAAGGCUGGCAAGAGUAAAGCCAAAAUCAACGACUUUCAGCUUUCAGAUGAUGAAGGAAAACACGGGAGAACAAAGAAAGUUUCAUUCCUAAAAACCCAAAGAAUCCACUCACCCUCAGAAGACACAACGGCAUCAGAGUCGCGUGAAAACAAGCGACCAGAGUCCUCCAUUGGUGGACACGAUAAUUACACCAAAUCAUCUUCCUCACAACACUCCACAAAUGUCAGCGAAGAUGACACACAAUUUAAAAACAGUGUUGUGGAGUCUGUUGAUCCCCAAAUCACAAGAGAGAGCUCAAGUAAAUCUCUGUCAUACCAAACCUCAGAUGAUGCCCUUCUGGACAUGUCUUUGCCUUUACCAUCUGACAGCAGUGUGACAGAAACUCCAGGUCCUGAGGAGAAGAGCAACCAUGUUAUGGAAGAAAACUCCCAGAGUCCGCACCUAUCAGGAUCAGACCUCAAACAUGUGCCAGCAGCAGACAGUGCUACUGAGAUGGAGCCACCCAGACCCAAACCAAGACAACGGACUCUGGGAUUGAACCUUCACGCUGCAGAGAAGCUGGCUGAAGAUACUGAGUCUCAGGAUCUCAGCAGGCCCCAGACUUCCUCUGCAUCCAUUCCCUUCUCCAUUGACACAUCCAGCAACACCGCCAUGAGGAGCUGCAGUCCACAAUGGACAGACGGGGAUCACACAGUUUCAUAUAGCCUCAGCAAAUCCUCUACAUAUAGGAGUGACCAGUCACAGCCUUUCACCAAGUCUACGGUUGAUUCUGGAUCCAGAGAUGACUUUAUUUCUGAUGACAGCAAAGAGCAUGGGAGAAAGUACUCUACAUCAUUUGAAGAAUUUCAUGAAGGCUCAGGAGAUCACUCAGAUCAUUCUGUUGCUCAACUCUCUCACACCCAGGAAAAGUCAUUUGACACCAGGACUUCAAGUUCUCACUCAAAGACCACCCAUAGAUCUCAGAGUGCAUGCUCAAGAAACGUGGAAUCAAGGUAUUUGGGAACUCUCAAAGUUCUGGACCGUAAGGUGUCACUACAAGAGUCUCAGCCACAAGCAGCAGAUGCACUCAGAGCUGCCAUUUACCAGGAAUGGCUUAAAAAGAAAAAGGAAAAGUCAAGAGAGAACAUGAAACUGAAGAAGAAAGAGGAAAUCCUCAAAGAAAAAAAGAAAAGGGAUGAAGAAGCUAAAAAGGAAGAUGCUGUUGCAUCAUAUGAGGCUUGGAAAGAAAAGAAAGGAGAAAGUCUCAAAGCAAAAUCCAAAGAAAAGGAAGAUAUGAUCAGAAAAGAGCAGAGAGCGAGUGAAGAGAAAGAAGAAAAAAGGCAGUCUGCUAAACAGGUAUUUGAAAAAUGGAAACAUGAGCAUGAUCAUCUACUCAAAGAUAAGUGCAGAAAACAGAAAGAAGCGGAAAAUAAACUGAAGCUAAAAAAGCAAGAAAAGGAGGAGGAAAGAAAGAGAGAGAGCAAAUCAGCCUUCUCUAACUGGUGUGAAAAGAAGAAAGAUGAUCUCCAUGAUAAAGUCAUGAUGGAGCGCAAAGAAAUCAAAAAUAAGGCAGAGGAACAACAAUACAUGAAAGAAGAGCAAGAUAAAAUGGCCUUAGAGAUGUAUGAAAACUGGUUGGCAAGAAAAGAUCUAGAACAAAAGAGACAAAGAGAAGAAAGGCGUAUAAAAGCAAUUCUCAGAGACAGUCCUCCUCCACCGUGGAGCCCUCCUAAUAAAACAAUACCAUUUCGAAAAUAACAUUUGAAAUGUGACAUAGCAUCGCUUGACUAUCUGGGUGCUAUGUUACAGUUUAAGUUACAAGUUUUGUACUGUAUGUUGUAUCAAAAGUAUGCAUUUAAACAUAGUUGAUGAAACCUGUUAAAUUUUAUAUUUUUGUCAGGGUUUUGUAUUAGCCAGCAGAUCUAGUGCAAGUUUAUGUUUUAUGCUUUUUGAUGAAAUGUUACAGUAUGUUUAGAAAAGUGGUACAAUGUAAUUUAUAUGUGACAGGGUGACAUAUCAAUAUGAAAGGAAACCUAACGUGAUUGCUUGCAAUAUCACAACCCUUUUUACAAAUGUGUUGGUACGUUAUUACCAUGUUGUACAUGAGAAUGUUACGCAGCAAGCACGUUGAUGUAGAAGGUCCGCUGACUUCUCUGUCAGUGCUUUUUGUUGAGCUACUGAACAUUGAAGAUUUAAAAAAUGUCUUUAAUAAUGUCUUAGGUGAUGCA